CCGGGCGCUUCCGGGUGCGGGGCGGAGGGCGCGCGAGCGCUUCCGGCGGCCGAACAAUGCGGUUCCGAGUCGCCGUGCUGGGCUGCGGCGGCGGCUGUCCGUAGCUGGAGGCCGCGGCGUGCGCUGCGGUAGGAGCGGCCGCGGGUGCCAGCGCGGGGACGCGGCCCGGCGCUACAGGUGUGCCAAAAUGUCAGAAAGGUCAGAGAUUCUUCACUUCAAGUUUGACAAUUAUGGGGAUUCCAUGUUACAGAAAAUGAACAAACUGAGGGAAGAAAACAAGUUCUGUGAUGUUGUGGUCCAUAUCGAUGACGUUGAAGUUCACGGGCAUAAAAUCGUAUUUGCUGCUGGUUCUCCCUUUUUAAGAGAUCAGUUCUUACUGAAUGACUCCAGAGAUGUAAAAAUCUCAAUCCUGCAGAGCUCGGAAGUGGGGAGGCAGCUGCUCCUGUCCUGUUACAGUGGCACUCUGGAGUUUCCUGAAAUGGAACUGGUAAACUAUUUGACUGCUGCAAGCUUUCUGCAGAUGAGCCACAUUGUGGAACGGUGCACACAGGCCCUCUGGAAGUUUAUAAAACCCAAACAGCCGUUGGAGAGCAAGGAGUGUGAACAGCAAAGCGACUCCUCUGAGAUGAAGGAGCACCAAGGAGACGAUGACUCUCUGCAGCAAGAUUCACCUUGUAUUCAACCUUCAGAAGACAGUAUGGACAUGGAGGACAGUGACAUUCAGAUCAUCAAGGUGGAGUCCAUUGGGGAGGUAACAGAAGUUAGGAAUAAGAAGGAUCAGAACCAGUUUAUUUCUUCUGAACAAACUGCACUGCAUUCCUCAGAGCCUCAACACUUUCUCAUCAACUCCACUGUUGAAAACAGAGCAAGUGAAAUAGAACAAAACCACCUCCACAACUAUGCCCUUUCGUAUGCUGGCAGUGAUAACAUCAUUCUGGCCUCUAAAGAUAUGUUUGGGCCUAACAACCGAGGUAUAGACAAAGGCCUCCAGUGGCACCAUCAGUGUCCAAAGUGCACGAGAGUGUUUCGGCAUCUGGAAAACUAUGCCAACCACCUAAAGAUGCAUAAACUAUUUAUGUGUCUGCUCUGUGGCAAGACAUUCACUCAGAAAGGCAAUCUCCACCGGCACAUGAGAGUGCACGCGGGCAUCAAACCGUUCCAAUGUAAGAUCUGUGGGAAAACCUUCUCCCAGAAAUGUUCCUUACAGGACCAUCUCAACCUGCACAGUGGGGACAAGCCCCAUAAGUGUAACUACUGUGACAUGGUUUUUGCGCAUAAACCCGUUCUGAGGAAACACCUUAAACAGCUACAUGGUAAAAAUAGCUUUGACAAUGCCAAUGAAAGAAACGUUCAAGACAUAACCGUGGACUUCGAUUCAUUCACUUGUAGCGCUGCUACAGACAGUAAGGUCUGUCAGCAAACUGAUGCAAGCCAGGUACUGGAUGCAGGGAAGCUGCCUCAGGCUGUGCUCAGUUUAAGAAAUGAUAGUACCUGCGUCAAUUAAGCAAUUAACACCAGCCCCGUGUAGGGAUCGUGACUGAGGGGAGCAGACAGUUGGUUUGGGCUCUUACCUAAACUAGUGGUAUGCCCUGAAAGGCUACGGAUGGAUGGAUGGAUGGGUUGGAUUGCAGAGCCUGUCAGGUCUUCACCAUCGUUCUUAGUCUUACUUGAUGUUUUCUGUGAAUAGCAAUCUUCCUUCAGGUUUCUGUCUGUGUCUCUACUGUGGAUUAUCGGGUUAACUGUUUCAUUUCUCUCUGAUUAGGAGACUCAAGACUAACACCUUUUGAAAGACUGUUGCUGUGGGCUGCAAGUAAACCAUCUGCUGUACAGUUAGAGGCCUCUCUGUGCCUGGGCAGAUGGAGGAGAGAGCAGAGGACAAGUCUGUGAGAUAACCCAAUUGUUGUUUUCUUUUUUAAAGCACUGGAUAACUGAAAGCACUCCAUAUAGUUAAACUCAAAACUUACCUCUGAAAAUUACCUUUCUCUGUUUUUUGCCCCUAGAUCCCUACAGUUGAAGUAUUUUUGUGUCACUUUUUUUGCCCUUCCUUAACUAUUUCAAGAAACUUCUGCUGCCAGUCAGUUCUACCUUAAAAGCUCUCAGGGUUUUUAACCUCUACAUGCAUUAUGAAAAGAGAAAACCCUAAGUGAUUGGGCAAGGUUAGCUGACUGUUGCAUACAGCUGUUCAAACUGAGAAUAAAUUGCAUCUCUGGAGUGUGAGAGGCUGGGCUGGUGCCUGGAGUGCAAAUAUGACCUAUUUCUUACACUGUCAUACCUAGGAUUUUUAAAGGGCACUUACUAGUGUAGGUACUGAAACAAGCUAAAUGCUUCAAAACUAAAAAUGAUGAUCCAUCUUUCAUCUAUUUUGCAUCACUUAAGCCACAACAGUUGUUGGUUUUAGAGCAAAGCUGGAGUGGAUAAAUACUGCUUUUUUACACUGUGAAAAGAAUCUGUUUCAAAGUAACAACUCCAUGCUUUGCUGCUUUUUUUUCCUCCUCCUUAGUACCUGUGUAUGUCCCUGUGCCUAAUACGGGCCACAUGUCAGUUAGCUUGAAAAAAGAAACAAACACACCUGCCAUGAACACAUUAACAACGUCCUUUUUUGAUUUCUUGGACAUUCAAAGAAUACUUUUUUUUAAAUGACCUGCAUAGUUCAUGACUGUUAGUGUUUCUCAGAGCCUAGGAUUGAGGUAUAGGUAGCACAAUUUCUGUAGGUUGAUAUAUCAGCUCUUGACUGUACUCAGCAAUACCUCUUGUAUACCGCCUUAACCACCCAGUGUAGCGGGAAUGGCGUGUCAGCUGGGAUGCUGGGAUGACACCAUACUGCUUCUCUAAAGUGCCGUGGUAAUCCCAGGCAGGCUGAAAGCAGCUCAUUUAGCUGAGGAACACCAUUCCCAGUAGAACAGCACUCUUAUUACAUUGAAGUGUAGCAUAGACUAAUAAUCAAAUGGCUGAUCCUCGGUAGAGAACUGCUGUUUGUGUUUGGAGUUAAAUAUUUCUUCCAAUGCAGCUUUUUUUUUUUCCACAAGGUUUGCCACGAGGCUGAGAUUAUGCUUCCUACCUAAAAGUAGUACUGUCUGUGUGUUUGAGUGAGGAGUGGGGUGAAAGGCUGCUAUUGUAUGGUUAAAAAUGCUAAACAGGUAUGACCAAAGGUGUGUCAGAGCAAAAAAUGCUGUGGAUGUAAUUAUCAAAAGCUGGUCUUGGUCUUCAGCCGUGUGUGUGGAGAAGCCAGGAUUUCCCUACCUGACAUUACACUGAUGGACAAUGAAAGCAUUAAUGUUGCAGGAUGUUUUCCAUGUACUUUCAAGUAGCAAAGCAAGGUGAUUCUGUGAAUCAGUUUUUGCAGUUUUCUUAAACUACUGUACUUGACUGUUACGUGAACUGUUAUCACUUGGACAGCUAUGAAGUAAGCAAUGGAAGUGGAGUCAGGGCAUUACAUCUUUCAAGUUGUAGCAAAUAUAUUUAAGGCCUAAAAUCUAACUAUUUGGAACUUCUAAAAACAAUUAUUCAGGUUCCUGGGGCAGAAAAUAGGUUUGUGUGUGAAGAAAAACCUGUUUUUUCUCUUAAAGCCGCCCGCAAUUGGGAUCAUUUUGAGCUGAAAAUGACCGUGACGGUUGCACCUGGCACUUGCAGUCUGUCCUCAGACAGAACCUUCUGUACUGGUGAAACAUUUUGCUAAUAUUCACUGUAUGGAAAUAAGUUGUAGCACUAGCAUCAAAGCAAAGAUAGACAUGGAGAAGAAGGGCUUGCAGAGCCAGGUCAACGUGCUGGGAGAGACUAGUGAACUAUCGAACCACAUGUGAAUAUGGACACGAUAAAAUGGUCUUCUGCCAGAGAAAGGAGUAAAACUGUACAAAUGCUAAAAGUGGCAGCACAGUGGACAGUACUGAAAGCUGUGGCUGUCUGGGAAGGGGGUUUUGUGGAAUUAUGAAGCUGUAAUGUUACUGUAAGGAGAAUACAGCUGCUUGAAGUAGCCAUGGGUGACCUGAAGCCGAUAUGAAGAGACAAGGGGUUUCCUAAGAAACAGAGAAGUGUUUUGGCCAAGAUGUGUAGGUUUUCAAUCCACCCUGUGCUGUGAUGGCAUCAACGUCUGAGAAGGCUGAGACUGCUGGCUGUUCAGUAAAAAGGCUGCUGGUGGUCGUUUGGUGAGACCAUGGCAGAAAUAAGUAGGAAAAUGCAAGAAUGCAGAAGACUGCUUCUUCAGUGAAAAUGGACGUGUCUGUUGGAUGGAACAUGACUUCCAGUGUCCGUGCUUUUGGCCUGGCAGAAGGAUGCAGACCAAAGGAUGGAUGCAGGAGACGGCUGCACAACUCCAGAAGCACAGGAGAUCCAAGAGGGCAACACGCUGACGGCAGAGAGCUCUGGUGGUUGAGUUCAUCUGAGAUUUGCCCCUAUGUGGAACAGCCAAGGUGAAGAGUGUAGAAGAGGCACUAGAAAAGAAAAAUCUGUCUCGUGCUUCUUCUCUGAAUUACAGAUUAAGAUGGAGUGAGAAUUACCAUAAAUGGAAUAUACAGAGGCAGCUCAAUUAUAGAAUGAGAUGAACUUAA